AGGUAUGAGGAGGUUCCGAACUUCCGCUGGUUGUCUUGUUUCGCGCCCGAAGAACAUCGCGAAUCGCUCUCGGCUGUUGCUGCUGUGACCCAGUGACGGCUUUCAACAAAUUGUGACUUUUCCCAGGACUAAUCGUUGUUUUCUCACAGAAAGCGUACUUUUUCUGUGCUGCACUUACAGAUUGUUUGCUUCUCUAUAUUUUGUGAAUCGUGAAUAAUGGCUCGUACGAAGCAAACCGCCCGAAAGUCUACAGGAGGUAAAGCUCCCCGCAAACAGCUGGCCACGAAAGCUGCCCGUAAAAGCGCGCCCUCCACGGGAGGCGUCAAGAAGCCUCACCGUUACAGGCCCGGAACUGUGGCGCUUCGUGAAAUUCGUCGUUACCAAAAGUCUACAGAGUUGCUCAUUCGUAAACUGCCCUUCCAACGUCUCGUACGUGAAAUUGCGCAGGAUUUCAAGACUGAUCUCCGUUUUCAGAGCGCUGCCAUUGGUGCACUUCAGGAAGCUAGCGAAGCCUACCUGGUGGGUCUAUUUGAAGACACUAACUUGUGUGCCAUCCACGCUAAGCGGGUGACUAUCAUGCCGAAGGACAUCCAACUCGCCCGACGAAUCCGUGGCGAACGUGCUUAAAGGGUGGCAACCCCUUCGAUAUCGUGUGUGCGUGUCUUUUUAUAUAUUUGUGUAGGGGUUACCCUUUUUAAAAACUCGCUUCAGCAGUGCUCUUUUGUUUGUCGGAACCUUCAUUCACACUGCCAGCGUACCCACUUGACGUGUUAUUUGUCGUUAGGUGUAAUAAAGUGUAUUACAUUCCGGCCUUCACACUGUUCUUUGGGUGAUCCAAAUACCAUUUUGUUCCAAUCUGGCUUCUUAUGAUACCUCCACGAUGCUGGUAUUAGUAGUGUGCAGGAGGACGGUGUGCGAGAUACCCAGCCUUCGUUGGCUGUCCUUAGGCCUCAUGUUUUUUUCCUUUGUCACCCAGUGAGCAGUUUUUGUAGUUAAUCACAUCUGCUUCAUUGUGAAAGUUUCAUGUCAAGUGGCACUCAGGAAGGAGGGUUCUGUACAUUCUGGAUACAGUCUCCCGUGCCUGCUAUGCCACGGAGGUACUUGUAGACUGAUGCGUUUGUCAUUGUCACCCGAGUAAGGCAACUCGUUUUUCCAUACCUGGGAAUUAUUUCUGUAUUACAGUGUACGCCCUGCUGACCGGUCCUCAAUAAAUCUCACCUUUUCAUCA